GUCCUGGGGCGCGCUGGGGAGCCCUGAGAGCUUGCGGAGAGCGUCCAGGAGCGGGACCGGGGAGCCGCUGCGAGGGGCGCAGAGACCCUCUUGGAAUUAUUGAAUCUACAAACCAUUUCUCUGACACUUAAUAGUUACAUUGCCUUUGGAGAAUAAUAUCUACAGAGAGAUGUGAAUGGAAAGACUAAUGUACGACCAACUGCCCUUCUUCUUGUAUCUCCGUAAGGAAUGUUGGCUGCUUAAUUUGUGUUUGUGAAUUCUUCAACAUGCUCUGUUGAAAGGCCUUCCAGGAGCACAAGUGUUCACCAUCUUGUAAAGCCAUAUUAUCUGGUACUACUGAGACAGUGCAAUGAGUCAAAUGACUGGAAUCUGGCUUUGGAAAUAAAGAUCUUUAUUCAAAAGAAUCAAGUCUAUACUUUAGACCAACUGGACAGAAAGGAGAUAGAAGAAGAAUUUGGGAAACAGAUCACAAACCUGGUUCAGAGGUUUAUGAAGUUGGGAUUUUUCAGUGCAUCAAGGCAGCAUGUUGCCCCUUGGUCCUGGGUUAGCUGUAGCUUGUCUUCAGAUCUUCAUCUUCUCUGAAAACUGGGCUUUGGCCAAGAACAUCAACUUCUACAGCGUGAGACCCCCUCUUGACCCCACACCGUUUCCAAACAGCUUCAAAUGUUUUACCUGUGAAAAUGCCGGGGAUAAUUAUAACUGUAACAGAUGGGCAGAAGAUAAAUGGUGUCCACAAAAUACACAAUACUGUUUAACAGUUCAUCACUUCACCAGCCAUGGAAGGAGUACAUCUAUCACCAAAAAAUGUGCUUCAAAGAGUGAAUGUCAUUUUGUUGGCUGUCACCACCACCGAGAUGAAGGACAAACAGAAUGCAGAUCAUGCUGUGAAGGGAUGAUUUGCAAUGUGGAAGUCCCCACGAAUCACACAAAUGCAGUGUUUGCCAUAAUACAGGCUCGGCGGUCAUCAGGCACCAUUCCUUGGACAUUCAGUUUACCAGUGCUUGCUUUUGUUUUCACAGUUCAAUUGCUAUGAUGCCAUUGUUCUCAAGAGAAUCAGAGACAGUCCCUCCAAGCUCAAGCUUGAAACUGUGAGCAAUAAACUUUCUGGUUGGAGAUGAACUUUGCACA